CAUCACGUGAUAACCAAUCGCUGUUCAGAUACAGUCGACUUUAUGAGUUUGAAUUUGAAAACGUUUCAUUGAGGGAUUCGAUGCGCGUCUUUACUUCAUCUCACCCUGAAAUCACGAGUCCGCCAUGAAGUUCAAUAGGACCAAGGCGGGUCCACUUUUGACAUGGAUGAAUACCAUGUUUCCUGAGAAGGAAAUCUGGGAGUUCAUUCAUAUGAGAAAUGGGAUUCGACUCCUGGAGAUCUGCAACAAACUAAAAGGGAAAGAGGACUUUGAGGGUUUUAAGACUCUAUCCCUGUAUGAGAUAUUGGAAAUCAUCUUCAGUGUUUUGCAUGAUGACUUUAACCUCAGCAAAAGACAAAGUUCCCUCAUCUUAAAGAAAAGCAAUAAAGGCAUUGACCUGGAGCUUCAGCUUGCCAAGGUGGUGCUUCUGCUUUGUUACUGCAGUUUUAAAAAAGGCAACCAGUUACCCAUGGAUUCAAGAACAGAGUCGGAGAUUAUAUCCAUGUUUCGUUUCGUUAAAGAUGACGCUGAUGGUUUGUCUUUAGACGAAGGCUUAGAUCAGUUUCUAGACCAAGACUCUGUUAUAACGGAUGUGAACUCCAGCAGCGGCAGCUCGUUAUUGUACACUGAUGAUGAGUCUCCAGUCGUCCAACGGUUUCCCAGAGUUCAGUUUCAAGAGCUUUGCACAGUGGCUUCCAGCUCAUACAGCUCUCCAGUGCAGGAUGUAAUGAGCACACCGCAUUUCCAGUUGAAGAGACUCCGGAAAGAAUUGGCACAUGAGGGAGACGUGAGAGACGAGCUGGAGAAAGAACUGGCUGAUCAGAUCAACAUAAUCUCAGAAAAAGAGGGUCUGAUUAUCCAGCUGCAGCAUAGGGUGGACCGAAUGCUGAGAGAACAACGAGAACUGGAGAAAGACCAUAAAGCUGCUCUGCUGGAGCUGCAGGAGAAGAACGAGAGUCUUCUCCGCAGAGUGCAUGAGGUUGUGAAGCAGUGCCAAGAUUUAAAAUCUGAAAACUCUCAGAAGGACAAAAAGAUUGAUGAACUAACAGAGGAGAACCAUACUUUUGCUGCUCAGGUGCGAAAUGCCUUCGCUCAGCUGGCAAGAGCCGAGGAGGAAGUUACCAAACUCACGAUGGCUCAUGAAAUGUCACAGGCUGAGUGGAGGAGCAGAAAGGAGUUUCUUGAGCAUGAGUUGAAUGAGGCCGUCAAACACAGGGAGUGUCUAAGUGAGCAAGUGCAGAUACUUCAGGGAAAGAUCUCCGUUCUGGAGGAUGAACUCCAUAAAGCUCAGUCUCAGGAGAAAGGAGAGGUUUUGGGGCCCAUCAUGGAGUCAGAGAAGCUUAAACAGGAGCUGGCAGAUCUGACUCUUAAACUUGCUGAGCUUCAGGACACUAUUUCCCGUCUUGAGAAGGAGAAGGCAGAAGUUGAGGCUUUGUUGGCUGAGGAGAGAGCCUCUUUUGAGAAGGAAACCAGAAGACUACAGAUGGUUGUGUUUGACCUGGAGCAGUCUGUCAACAGCAUCCGUUUGGAGAGAGAAACCCUGGAGGAGGCCUUACGGAGUCAGAAGGAAAUACUCACUGCGCAGAUAACAGCUCUGGAAAAUGAUGUUUCUCGUCUGCAGCAGGUGGAAGUGCAACUGACAGCGGAGAUAAAAAUCUCUGCGGACCUCCGCCAACAGAGAGAAGAGCUGGAGGGGAAGGUUGCCUCUUUAGACAAGACGGUUCAUGCUCUGCAUGCUGAGAUCCAGGGUUUGGAAGCAGAGAGAGCUUCACAGCAGGAUGCCCUGAAUGCCCUCAUUGUUGAGUUGCAAAGUGCCAAGAACACAGUUCAGGAAUAUGAGAAGAAGCUGGAGGAGCAUAAAAAAGUGGUAGCAGAGAACGAUUCCUUGAAAAAGGAGUCAUGCACAUUGCAGCAGGAGCUUGAUGAGCAUCUGCAGGCCAUUGGAGACCUUCAGGGGCAAAUUAAUGUUCUCAGACAGGAGAAAGCUGAGGGAGAGAACCAGGUUAGUCAGGCUUUGACCAAAAUCGAAAGCCUCCAAACUCACAUUCUAGAAUUGUCUGAGCAGAUUUCCCUAAAAGAUGAAGAAAUCAGAAAUCUGAGGAAUGAGUAUGACUCUGUUGACCACGAGCUGAAGCUUGUGAAGGAGCAAAAUAUUGAAAUAAACGAAAUGAUCAAAUCAAAUCGCAAAGAGAAUGAGGAGACUGUUAAAAAACUUCAGCAAGAGCUUCACUCUGCUUGUUCAGCUGCAUCAGAAAAACAAGAGGAAAUGCUGGUUCUGUCAGCAGAGGUAACAUCUCUUAGAGAGCAGAUCUGCCAGUACAGUGAAAACGAAGUGCAGAAACAACAAGAAUUGUCUGUUUUAGAAACCCAACAAAACGUUUUGAAGGAGAACUUGACCUCUCUUCAGAACCAGUUGGCUGAGGUGACAACUACAGCUUCACAGAAAAAUUCGGAGCUUCUCUUGCUUCAAAACGAGCUUCACCAACAAGAAAGCCUUAGAAAAAAGGCUCAAGAGCUUGAGAUUGCCAAGCGUGAGGCACUUGAGAGUACGGUGAGUGAACUUCAAGCUAAAAUCCUACAAGUCUCUACUCUUGCCUCUGAGAGAGAGGUUCAAGUAAUUUCUCUUCAAAAUGAGAUGAAGGAUCAGGAAUUGAGGGCCAAACAAUCUGAAGAUGAUCUCCGUAGAGAGCUGGAAGUCAAGGUUGGCACCCUACGAGGAGAACUAGAUGCGGUCAGUCGUUGUGCUGCAGACAAAGAAAAUCUGCUGGGGUCUUUAGGUCAAAAGCUGAAGGAGAUGGAAGGGCUCUUUCUUCAAAAGGAAAAAGAUCUCCUGGAGAUGCAUCAGGCUAAGGAGGACCUGGAGAAGAAGCUUGUUGAUGAGAAACAACAGCUGGAGGGUUACCAGCAGAAUUUGGAGAUUGUGAGAAAGGAAAGAGACCAACUGUCAACUGAAGUAACCUCUCUCAAUGAUAAAAUCCGCAGUUACCAGGACACUGAAGUGCGGAAGCAACAGGGCAUUUCUGUUUUAGAAGUGGAAUGCAACCGGUUAAAAGAAAACAUGGCUGCCCUUGAGAAGAAGUUGGUGGAGGAGACGGCUACAGCUUCACAGAGACAUUCUGAGCUUCUCUUGCUUCAAAAUGAGCUUCACCAACAAGAAAGCCUUAGAGAAAAGGCUCAGGAGGUUGAAACUGCCAAGCGUGAGGAACUUGAGAGAACUGUAAAUGAACUUCAAGCUAAAAUCCUACAAGUUUCCACUCUUUCCACUGAGAGGGAGACUUCUCUUCAAAAUGAGUUGAAGGAUCAAUUGAGGGCCAAACAGUCUGAAGAUGAUCUCCGCAGAGAGCUAGAGGAGAAGGUUGGCACCCUACAAGGAGAACUAGAUGCAGUCAAUCGUUGUGCUGCAGACAAAGACAAUCUGCUGGGGUCUUUAGAUCAAAAGCUGAAGGAGAUGGAAGGGCUUUUCCUUCAAAAGGAGAAAGAUAUCCUGGAGAUGCAUCAGGCAAAGGAGGACCUGGAGAAAAGGAUUGAUGAGCUUGUUGUUGAGAAACAACAACAACUGGAGGAGUACCAGCAGAAUUUGGAGAUGGUGAAGAAGGAAAAAGAGCACCUGACAACUGAAGUAACCUCUCUCAAUGAUAAAAUCCACAGUUACCAGGACACUGAAGUGCAGAAGCAACAGGACAUUUCUGUUUUAGAGGUGGAAUGCAACCUGUUAAAAGAAAACAUGGCUGCCCUUGAGAAGAAGUUGGUGGAGGAGACAACUACAGCUUCACAGAAACAUUCUGAGCUUCUCUUGCUUCAAAACGAUCUUCACCAACAACAGAGCAUUAGAGAAAAGGCUCAGGAGCUUGAGACUGCCAAGCGUGAGGAACUUGAGAGAACGGUGAGUGAACUUCAAGCUAAAAUGCUGGAGGUCUCCACUCUUGCCUCUGAGAGGGAGGCUUCUCUUCAAAAUGAAUUGAAGGAUCAUUUGAGGGCCAAACAGUCUGAAGAUGAUCUCCGCAGAGAGCUAGAGGAGAAGGUUGGCACCCUACAAGGAGAACUAGAUGCAGUCAAUCGUUGUGCCACAGACAAAGACAAUCUGCUGGGGUCUUUAGAUCAAAAGCUAAAGGAGAUGGAAGGACUUUUCGUUCAAAAGGAGAAAGAUGUCCUGGAGAUGCAUCAGGCAAAGGAGGACCUGGAGAAGAGGCUUGUUGAUGAGAAACAAAAACUGGAGGAGUACCAGCAGAAUUUGGAGAUGGUGAGAAAGGAAAGAGACCAUCUGUCAGCUGAAAUAACCUCUCUCAAUGAUAAAAUCCACAGUUACCAGGACACUGAAGUGCAGAAGCAACAGGAGAUUUCUGUUUUAGAGGUAGAAUGCAACCUGUUAAAAGAAAACAUGGCUGCCCUUGAGAAGAAGUUGGAAGAGGAGACGGCUACAGCUUCACAGAAAAAUUCUGAGCUUCUCUUGCUUCAAAACGAACUUAACCAACAACAGAGCAUUAGAGACAAGGCUCAGGAGCUUGAGACUGCCAAGCGUGAGGAACUUGAGAGAACAGUGAGUGAACUUCAAGCUAAAAUCCUAGCGGUGUCCACUCUUGCUUCUGAGAGGGAGGUUUCUUUUCAAAAUCAGUUGAAGGAUCAAUUAAGUGCCAAACAGUCUGAAGAUGAUUGCCGCAGAGAGCUGGAGGAGAAGGUAGAGACUCUUCAGCGACAAUUGGAAACUGCCAGUCAUGACGUCAUCGAUAAAGACCAACUUCUGCAGACUUUAGAACAGAAGCUGAGGCAGAUGGAACUGCUUUGCCAACAAAAGGAGAAAGCUGUCCUUGAUAUGCAUCAGGUAAAGGAGGACCUGGAGAAGAGGAUUGAUGAGCUUGUUGUUGAGAAACAACAACUGGAGGGGUGUCAGCAGAAUUUGGAGCUGGUGAGAAAGGAAAGAGACCAUCUGUCAACUGAAGUAACAUCUCUCAAUGAUAAAAUCUGCAGUUACCAGGACACUGAAGUGCGGAAGCAACAGGAGAUUUCUGUUUUGGAGGUUAAACACAAUACAUUAAUGGAGAACUUGGCUGCUCUUAAGAUGCAAAUAGCAGAGCUGACAACUACAGCUUCUCAGAAAGAAUCUGAGCUUCUGUUGCUUCAAAAGGAGCUCUGUGAACAAGAGAAACUUCGAGAAAAGGCUCAGGAGCUUGAGAAGGUCGUAAGUCAACUUCAGGCUAAAAUACUAGAGGUCUCCACUCUCGCCUCUGAGAGGGAAACUCAAAUAAGUUCUCUUCAAGGUGAAAUAAAUGAUCAACAAUUAAGGGCCAAACAGUCUGAAGAUGAUCUCCGCACAGCACUUGAAGAGAAGGUUCAAACACUACAGAGACAGUUAGACACUGCCAGUCGUGAUGUCACUGACAAAGACCAUCUUUUGCAGUCUUUGGAUCAGAAGCUGAGGCAGUCGGAAUUGCUGUCCCAACAAAAGGAGGACCUGGAGAAGAGAAUUGUUGAGCUUCAAGUAGACAAACAUCAACUGGAUAACUACCAGCAGAAUUUGGAGAUGCUGAGGCAAGAAAGGAACCAUCUGACUUCUCUCAACCAAGCUCUUCAGAGGGAGUGUGAUGCCUCCCAGAAGAUUCGAGCGGAGCUGGAGUUGAAGGUUGAGGAGAAAAACGGUUCCAUCCUUGCUCUUAAAAAGGCUUCCCGACAGUGGGAGGAGCAGAAUCAGGAACUCUUGGAACAGCUGAAGACAAAGUCGGAAGCAGUAGAACACUACAAAGCACAGGUGGAGAAAGCCAAGAAUCACUACGACAGUAAAAAGCAGCUACUGGUGGAGGCUCAGGAACAGAACAAAAGUUUUGAGCAAUCACUUGAUGCCAGUAAGAGGGAAAUCAAGGCUCUGGAGACUGAACUGAAGCUAGCUCUCAUGGAACUAGACCAGGCGAAGGCCAAAGAAAAGAGCCUUGCGGCCAAAGUGAAGAGCUUGGAGGCACAAGUUGACUUUGCUGACAGGCAACUGCGAGAGCAGAGGAAGAUGACUGAUGACAUUGAGGACAUGAGACACAGAGAAUGUCAGUACAUCAGAGUCCCAGAAAAAUGUCAGGACACCAGCACUGACAGCUUGGAGUUUGAGCUGAAUGAUUCGCUCAAUGCUAAUAGUCGUUCAGCAGUACCGGGUGAAUCCAGCACUCCGCUAGUACGCAGUUCUGAGCGUUUGGCUGCUAAACGCCGUGCCUUGGGGGCCGAAUCCCUGGAGACUCUCUACUUCACGCCUAUGGGUCAACAAGGCAACAAGCGUAAAGUGGACCACAACGAUGCCUUUGAACGCAAACUAGAGUCCAGCAUCACUUCCAUUGGCGAUCUUGUGGUUGACUCGGCAAGGAAGUUGACCGCUUCGGCUCGCAGGCGACGUACUACACAAGUUAUCAACAUCACAAUGGCUAAGAAGACACCAGGAAGUGCUGAAGGCGAGGAGUCGUUUUCUAGUCUGCACUCUGCCCGAUCUCAACCCAACUUGGCAGUCCAUCACUCACGGCCGAUCUCCAUAGACUUCACAGAAGAAAGUUUAUCAAAAGCAGACACCAUUCAAAAUCUGCCUGGAUAUCGCAGAAGUGCCGUGCACACUGUCGCCCCACCAAGAGCCGCCAGUACAUUCUGUAUCGGAGCGGAGAAUGAACCCGAACAUGCUGCUGAUGAUUGGAUGAGAAUUGCCGAAUUGCAGGCACGAAACAAAGCCUGCCUGCCUCACCUAAAGAGCAGCUACCCGUUGGAGUCCAGGCCCAGUCUGGGACCCUCGUUCACUGUAACAGACGAGGACCUGCGCUUGGGUGACCCGGAUGAGACGAUCCGACGUGCUUCCAUACUUCCGAGUCAGAUAAUGGAGACCCUGAUCUCUCGCCGCUUCUCCCUUGCACCCGGAGCAAGUUCGAGCCAGGGUCCCGCACACUCCCAGCCUCAUCGUGCCACCAUGUUGCCGGGUCAGAUCCGGUCCAGCACUGCUGCUCACCGGGCCUCUCAGCUCUCAAAAACAAGCUCACAUCUACGUGCUUCUGAAAAUAAACGCAGCCCAUUGGCUCCCAAACGCCCUGGAUCCCAACUGCAAGGCCCAGACACACCUGAGGCGAAGAAGUUGGCAAGUUGCUUCCCUCGACCAAUGACACCUAAAGGCAGGUUCGGAAACAGUCAAAACAGACCUCCAAACUCUCCGGCCGAGCGAAGGCAAUCUGUGUUGUUCACUAUUGAAAACACUCCAAAGAACAAAGUUCGUGGUGACAGCAGGCUGCAGCGCGGCCUCAACAAGCUGCGUAACAGUGCCCGCAAAUCUCCUGCCGUGGCCGGUCGUGCGCUGCGUUCAGCAGUGAGCGGCAAGUCUCCUCUGGAUUCCACUCUGAGAAAGUCUCCCCGAAACAAGUCCCCCAAAUCCUCCAGUGCCAAACAGGGAACACAGUGACUCGCUGCGCUGAUCAAUGCUGAUCUAAGUAUUUAACUAUGAAGUUCAGGAUUAAGGUGUAAAUUUGAGGAUUCAACACAAAUGCCAACUAUUCCCUUUUCUUAUCUUUUCUCUUUGCAAAUAAGUUAUUUUUUAUUAUGGGAUGCAGUGAUCUUAAUUACUGUCCUCUUUAUGCAAUUGGUUGUGUCUGUAUAAUAUUUACAUGUAUUCCUUGUUCUUUGAUAAUAAAAUCUUUUAUAUCAAAUCA